CUCUCCCCCAUCCACGCCUUCGAUUCACCCGUCUUGCAGCGUUUCGGAGGCUCACUCAAAGAAGCCAACUAUUCCAGCAUACCUCCAGUCCGUGCCUGCGCUUGAAAGCCCAGCUGCCGUUCACUUUCAAGUCACGCCGACUCACGCCACCGUCGGUUAAUAUGUCAGAUCCCUCUCAGCCGGCCAUGUCCCCUCUGGCUACCUUCCACCCGUUUCCAAGGCUACCCUGGGAAUUACGCAAUGAGAUCUGGAAGCAGUCUAUCCGCCCACUUGACCGCCCUGGAGCCCAUAUCUUUUGCUUGGACCUGCGGGGGCCGGAAGAUGUUACAGCAAAGGAAUGUGACAUUCAAUGCCCUCGUAUUCUUUCAGUGCCUUUACAUUAUGAGCGUCCGUGUCCGCCUUUGGACAUCGGCGAGAAAUUCAUUCACAUUUCAGUCCCGGCAAAGACCUUAUCGUCCGGACCCGACGGUAAUCCCUCAACGUAUAUGGUCGAUGGCGGACUUUGGACCGCCUGCAAGGAGUCACGGGCAGUGAUGGAAUAUACGUUCAACCACCAGAAGUGGGAUCCGAUAAGGAAGGCAUACCCAGCAUACUGGAAACUUUGGAAAGAUACGCUCUUAGAUCGUAUGGACUUCGAUAUGCCUCCUCCCCCUCCUCGUUCACUUGGCAGUGACGACUCGCCUCCUUCUCCACCUCGACCUCCACGUUCGCCUCGCGAGAGGCCCCCCACGCCCGUUGACCCCUACAGCGCAGAGCGCUCAUAUCGACCGGUACCGGCAACGGCAUUUUUCUGGUCAUCACCUUCAUUGCCCUGUCCGCCGUCCUCUAACGAGCUGGACAAAGCGGACCAUUCCACAGGCCAGGCUCCAGCCUCCCCACGCUAUGUCACUGUGCUUCCAAUGCAGGAUCUCAUCAUCAUUCGGCCCUCGAGCUGGACCCCACAUAUUCAUGAGGGUUACUGGCAGGCGUUUGAACACGGGUUUCCAUUUGGGGCGGAGAAAUAUGGCUUUCCUGGAUUCUGCGGAUGGAAUGGAUUUGCCAUUGAGUACGAUCCAAGCUGGGGCGAAGAGCUGACAAAGGGCGCUACUUGGCGUAAUGACUCUACGUGGCUUAAUGAUGGGUCCUUUAAGUUGCCUAACGGUACCGUUGGUAUUAUGGACAUUAUCUUCAAUGCCGUUUCAAACUUUUCCGAGCAUGAGCAGAUCAAAACGAUUUGGCUCAUUGACUACCGACUCAAGCCUAAGCACAAUACACCCGCAGCCAUCGGAAGGCUGGACAGCAGCCAGAGGGUGUUUCAUGGAGGUGAUGGGUGCCAGUUUGUAGAAGUGUAUCGCAAGUUUGUUGAAAGUGGCGGUCGUUAUCUUGAUGAGUAUUACACCGAGGGCAUUGAUGGUGAAAACUCAGCCUUGAGCCAAGGAUCGUGCCAUUGGUUUAUUGAAGGGUUUGAGGUUUGCAUGUUUGGAGAUCUCUACGACAGCGACGAAUCAGUCGAUUCAAGUUACUCGAGGUAUCCUCCGCAUAUUGGCCUACUGGCCUGCCUACCCUAAGCUUGUAUAGCGGCAGUGGACACUUCAAGGCUUGUGGAAUCUAACGGGGAUUGCUGUAUCUUUUCUUGGCUGGUCUCUCUUCACUUGAUCUUUCGUUAUACAUUAUGCAUCUGGCAUGGGGUUCCUUGCGGGUUUCUGAAAACUUGGCUGGUUUAAUGUAAUCACAUGUUGGUCAUCCCAAUUCCUUUCUCUCAUACUUCCUAGUUGACCUCUUUCACAAAUACUCAAUAGUGUAGGUUUUGACAAACAUAACACAGAGCACAAGAUUAAUCGAUGAGUAGUUGGGAAUGAGA